CAAAUGUCAUCUGAUGAGUUAGAUACAUAAAAUCAUAAAUUAAGAGAGUAAAUUAUACAUACUGAAACUCUUAACAUGAUGGCAAAAUAUUAGUUAGUUUUCUUAAAGAUGGAGAUAUCAAUGAGAAAGCUAGCCUUGAUUAUAAAAUUAAAGUAAUUCUAACUGAUUAUUGUAGAGGAAAUUAAUAGAAAGUUUAUGCAUUUAGGAAACUAAAAUAAUCAAAUAAAUAUAGUAUUGACCAUUUUAAAGUUCUUUUUACAUAGAUAUCAUUAAAGUAUAAAUAAGUUGGAGCAAUUAUUCAAAAAAAAUAAAAAAGGAAUUUACAUUAUGCAUUCCUUAAAAUAAGACUUCAAUUUUAAAAAAACAAAAAUGAAAAAAUAAAGAAAUCUUUUUUAUAGGUGAUAGCUUCUAAAGAGGCGGAAAUAAAAAAUCUCUAAAUUAAGGAAUAAGAAAUAUUGGAGAAUAUAGCCAAUUAAAAAUAAAAGGAAUAAGAUUUCCAAUAGAAAAUAAAAUAAAAGGAUUAAAUUUUAGCAUCAUUAGAAAAUGAAUUGAGAAAAAAUUCAGCAAACAAAACUUUAGAUUCAAAAGUAAAUUAACUUAUUAUUUAAGUUAAGAAACAUAGAAAUAGAGAACCAGGAGAUGUAAGACCGUAUAAUGGGAACUGAAGAUUCUGUAAAUUUAUUUAUAAGAGAAAUGAAUGAUAUGCUUGACACUCAUGAAAUUAGUACUAAUUUAGGUAAAUAAAAAAACGACUCUACUAGGUUUAGAUUCUGAUGAAAACUAAUCAUACGAAUAAGCUCCUUAAGUUUUUGAAUAUUAGAGUUAAAGAUUGAAUUAAAAUUCAAGGUAAUAAAAACCAAAGAACUUUUACUCAAAUUAAUUGACCCGGAGUACUAAAAUUAAUUGA